CAGGCCAUAAAAUAUUAAGCGGCAAGUGAUCGACAGACUCGAGCUCGCUCUAAGUGAAUGGCGGCAUUGCUGCCCUCCGGCUCAUGGCUUUCUCUGCCACUGCAAUGUGGCUGCCCGAAUCCUUCAUCUUUUUCCUCUACUUCCACUUCCAAGUACACCACCAAUUUCCGCUGUUGCUCGAUAACUCAGAUGCAUUCGCCGGAGGCGUCCGAACAAGGUAAGAUUCCGAUAAUUCCUCACACGCCACCGCUUCGCCUCGCCGCAUCUGCGGUGGUUUUUCUCGGUUUAAAUAUUGGUUUCGGCAUCGGAGCUCGAUCCUGCUCUGCGGCUCUUUCGCCGGUGCCUCCUCCGGUGGCGGAUAAUUACAACCUGGAAGAGGAGAAGGUAGUUCUGAGUGAGGAUGAGAAACUGGAGAAGAAGAAAAUGGACGAAGCAUUUGAAGAGUGGAAGUCGAAGAAGUUUGCUUUGACCGUUCCUUUGAGCGUCAUUGCGCUUCGUGAUUCUAUUCCUCCUUCUUGGAUUAAGGAGUUUAUUCAAUCACAAGGGAAGAGAUUAAAAUUCAAUGUGAAGUUCAAUGGAACUCUUGGGAGUAUUUUUUCUGAUUUAUCUGUUCCAAUUGACAAAGGCAAGGUUAAGUCUUCAUCCGUCAUGGUUGCUGAUCUUGUUAGUAUUGGCGAUUCCUGGCUCAACUUUGCAAUUAAGAAGGCGCUUAUCGAGCCCAUUCACGAUGUGGAUGACCAAGAGUGGUUUAAUAACUUAAGCACUAGAUGGAAGGUACUUCUACGCAGAAACUCCGAGGGUGAAAUAGAUCCGGGAGGUAAAAUAUGGUCGGCUCCAUAUAGAUGGGGCUGCAUGGUUAUAGCAUACAAUAAAGUCCAAUUUCGAAAGAACAACUUGGCUCCCAUGGAGGACUGGUCAGAUUUAUGGCGCCCUGAACUUCGAGGAAGGAUUUCGAUGGUCGAUUCACCUAGAGAAGUAAUUGGUGCUGUUUUAAAGUACAUGGGUGCAUCCUACAACACAAAAGACAUUAGCUCGCAAAUUCCUGGUGGCAAAGACGCCGUUCAGCAAAAUUUAACUUCACUUGCAAAACAGGUACGUUUGUUUGAUAGCACACACUAUCUGAAAGCAUUUGCGGUUGGGGACGUUUGGGUAGCUGUUGGAUGGAGUAGUGAUGUUCUUCCUGUCGUCAAACGCAUGUCGAAUAUUGCAGUGGUCGUCCCCAAGUCUGGAUCAAGCUUAUGGGCUGAUUUAUGGGCAAUUCCUGCAACCUCCAGAAUUGAGGCAGAGCCAGUUGGUGGAAGAGUUAAGGGACCCUCCCCCUUAAUCCACCAAUGGAUUGAAUUUUGCUUGCAGCCUGCUAGAGCACUGCCUUUCAAGCAGGAGGUAGUUCCCGGUGCGUCACCCGCCUCCAUAGAAGGUCCAGAGGUCGUUCCUAAAGAACUGUUUGAAGGUAAACCAAAGUUGGAUACAAACCUUAUCGGUGGCGUACCCCCGCUCGACAUCUUAGAGAAAUGUGAGUUCCUUGAGCCUUUAUCUGAGUCUACUUCGGCAGAUUUUCGAUGGUUCGCUGCGAAUAUGCAGAAAAAACCGAACCAUCGCUUGAUGGACAGAGUUCAUCAAGCUGUCUCGUCCCUUGUAGGAUUUGUUUCUCAAAUCAGCUUUAAAAACUGAACCAAAACCAGUAGGCAACCAAGUGAAUUUUGUUGUUUUGAGAGAUCUUUAAGGUCGCCUUACGUUUGAUUGAGAAUUUCAUUGAUAGUACGAAGAAUUAUAGAAAUGGCCUAUUCAGAGGAUUUAGAGAAAUGAAUGUUUUUAACUUGGUGGGGAUAUGAGUUCAGCGUUUGUUUGA